CCUUCCUACUUCGGCAUCUAGCUGAGAGACACACACACACACACACGUCUACCACCACUACAAUCUUCUGUGCACUCGACUUCCUGCGAAGAAUAAAGCAUGGGUUGUGCAGGCAGGGCUUCCUUGGCGGCUGCAGCAGCGAGCAUAGGCGCCGUGGAGGCGCUCAAGGACCAGGCCGGACUGUGCCGGUGGAACUAUGCCCUGCGAUCUCUGCAACAGCGGGCGAAGAGCGGCAUGGGGUCUCUGUCUCAGUCCAGGAGAGCGGCAUCAUCCUCCUCCAUUGAUGGGAGGGGAAGGUGGCAGGGGGGUGAUGAGAAGGCCAAGCAAUCCGAGGAGGCACUGAGGACGGUGAUGUACUUGAGCUGUUGGGGUCCCAAUUAGAGAGCCUUUUUGUGGUGCUCUGUGUAAAUCUAUAUUAUUCAACCAUUUGUUCUGAGUUCUUCA